UCCCGGUGCCGGGGGAUAUAGGAGGAGGAGGCGCCGCUGCCGCCGCUGCCACCUCCCCGGGCGCGCCGCCUGCAAGGGCGGGCGCAGCCGCCGCGGCCGCGUGGCGGCUCCAGGCGUUGCUCGGGCACAGCGGGACGGGGGCAGCGCCGCUCCCCGUGCGCCCCACCCCGGCCCCGCCUCGCUGUCCGUGCCUUUGCGGUGUGCCUGCCCGCGCCCCGGGGCCAUGGAGCGCGCGUUCACGCCGCUGGAAUGCCUCCUGCCCGCCGGAAACCUGAAGUUUUGCCUUCUGAUUCUGAACCAGCCUUUAAACAAAGGUCAUUUUCAUUGUCUGUGGAGCAAAGCUGCCCUGAGAGCUUGUGCUGAUGGAGGUGCCAAUCAUCUCUACCACAUCACAGAAGGGAGCCAGGAAAGCUUCUUGCCUGACUACAUCAGUGGUGAUUUUGAUUCCAUUCAGCCUGAAGUCAAGGAGUACUACAAGGUCAAGGGAUGUGAGUUAAUUGAGACCAUGGAUCAGGACCUCACAGAUUUCACCAAGUGCCUUCAGAUACUCCAGAAAAAGAUAGAGAAGAAGGGACUCCAGAUUGAUGUGAUUGUGACUUUGGGCGGACUUGGAGGACGCUUUGACCAAACAAUGGCAUCAGUGGAAACACUUUUUCACGCAACGAAUAUCACUCCCUUUCCGGUGAUAGUUAUCCAGGAUUGCUCACUGAUUUACCUGCUUCAACCUGGCAAGCACAAGCUGCGUGUGGACACGGGACUGGAAGGCAGCUGGUGUGGCCUCAUCCCCAUCGGGAACUCCUGCGAGAGCGUGACCACGACGGGCCUUAAGUGGAACCUCACUAACCAGGUGCUGAAGUUUGGAACACUCGUCAGUACUUCCAACACCUAUGAUGGCUCUGGGAUUGUGACUAUCGAGACAGACAAACCUUUGCUGUGGACAAUGGCUAUCAAAAGAUAAGAUCAGCUACAGCUGCCUUUUCUGAUCCAACACAAGUCCAAUUACUGCAAAAUUUCACUGAAUUAAGAUGGUAAAGCUGUUCCAAAAAAUAUGAGCAGACAUUUAUUUUAUGUAUCAAAUGGAAAACAAGUCUGAAAUUAAAGUUACUUGAGAUCCAAUCGAAAUUACUUGCAGUAAUAGAGUACUUCAUUCUGGUACCUCACACCACCUAAUCAGAAGACACACGAGCAGCCACCCAGUACAGUCACAAACAGAAAUGAAUGUAAAGGAACUGCUUAUCUGGUUAGUUCAGGCUACUUUUCCAAAGUAUUUUAUUGCAAUACUGAACUAUUUUUCCCCUUUUGCCAAAAGAAAAUACAGUACCCGGUUGCACAUAGUGUAACUGUAUUACAAGGUGACAACACUAAGAUUAGUUGAUCUCAUUUUUCUGUCCUGGUUUGUAACAUAUGUAGCUGCUGGUGAAGAUUUCUCAAGAAGAAGAAUAGUUGAACUUUUCUACUUAGGAAACAAGUUUGUGUACUGAAGAAGCUUCAGUUUUGCUGUAAUAUCAAUAUCAGAUUUCCAAGUGCUUUUGAAAUCUUUCAUAGAGGUACAAUUGUAGCUUCUGCAAAUACUAAAUGCUUACAGUAAACUUUCUGGAGUGAAAUAAAUGUCUUAAUCUCAAUCUGAGGAGGAAUAGCAUUGCACCUACUAGAGUUUUUGCAGGUUUAGUUCUUAAAAUCAAAAUGUUCAAUCAUAUAAUAAUGAAAACUUCCAGGUCAACAUGCAGAGCCCUUUAUAAUUCCAUGUGCAGAACAGUAUCCAAAAUGGCUGUACAUCCUGUCCAACAGUGUGAGGAAGUUGCAGAUUUGCAGAAGGAUUGCUUAGUAUCUCCGACAACUAAAUUAUCCUCAAAUGGUACAUCUCAGUAACCAACUAAGUGUGGCUUUUUUAAUUACACCACCAGAACAAGGACUGGCCAUGCAAUUUUUCAUUGGAUGGAGUUUUUUUCCAGUCAGUAUAACAUAAGCUAGCAGGACUUCCAAAAGCAGAAAGGAAUCAGUGAUAAUGAUGGUGACUCUAGAAAUUAGCUACAAGAAUUUCAGUUGAUAAGACUUUUAAAUUACCACUUGAAAGGAUACAGGAAUGCUGUUUUCUUGCUGCCUACUUCUGCUGGAACAAUGCUGUUCCUAUGCUUAAUUUACUGCUUAGUGAACAGCUCCUGAAGAGAGGUCAUACAGUUGUCACCCUUGGAGGCUCCCAAUACCUGAUGGACAAAGCCUUAAGCAACCUCGUCAGAAAUGCCACACGGACCCAGCCUGGAGCAGGACACUGGACUAGAGAGCUCCCAAGCUUCCUUCCUACCUGAAGGAUUCUACUAUGAUUAAAAGAUGUAACAAAACAAACAAAAGGCAGUACUACUAAAAAAAAAAAAAAAAAAAAGCCUGUGAUAUAGACAAGUAUGAU